UUUAUUUUGGCGAGUCAGGCCGGAGGUGGGAGCGUGUUUGUGUGCGGCUGUCCUUCGCUCGUAUUUCAUCUGCGGGGAGAGAAGGCACUCUUCAGACUGGAGGAAGGAGGCUCUGGUGGAAACUCAAAGGACAUGCUGCGUCUUUUGCAAACUUUUCUGCAAACCAGGCGUUCUCCGAGCUGAAGAAGAAGAAGAAGCCGAAGGGUGAGGAAUGAACUGAAGAAGAAGGAGAGAGAAGAGGAGGGGGAAGAAGAGCCGUUCACUCCCAUUGAUCCUUGUAUCGAGGUAUUGAUUCAGGCCUGGCUUUGAAAUAACACCGCAGAGAGCUCCUGCUGUAAGGAUGCAGGCUGCCCCUGCUGCUGCAGCUGCGGCUCUGACUGCGCUGAGUGUUUUGCUCACCCUCGACUGCCUGUCGGCUCAUCGGCCCCCGAACAACCAGAUGCAGCAGCAGACUGACGAGACGGCGCAGAAGAAGAAGAACCAGCCGCACAUCGUAUUCAUCCUCACCGACGAUCAGGGUUUCAAUGAUAUCGGUUACCACAACCCGACCAUCAAGACUCCCACUCUGGACAAACUGGCAGCAGAGGGCGUGAAAUUGGAAAACUACUACGUUCAGCCGAUCUGCACGCCGUCGCGCAGUCAGCUCAUCACCGGCAGAUAUCAGAUCCACACGGGAUUACAGCACUCCAUUAUCAGACCCAGACAGCCCAGCUGUCUGCCCUCGCACAUGGACACUCUGCCUGAGAGGCUUCGCGAGGCCGGCUACGCCACACAUAUGGUUGGCAAGUGGCACCUGGGUUUCUACAGGAAAGCGUGUCUGCCCACCAGAAAAGGUUUUGACACUUUCUUUGGUUCGUUAACCGGAAGUGUGGACUACUACAGUUAUGAAUCGUGUGACGGCAAGGACUUGUGUGGCUACGAUCUCCAUGACGAUGAGGGCGUAGCGUGGGGCCACGAGGGGAAAUACUCGACCACGCUCUUCACACAGAGAGCUCGCAAGAUCCUGGAGAGUCACGACCCUGCAGAGAGGCCGCUCUUCCUGCUGCUGUCCUUCCAGGCGGUCCACACUCCUCUAAAUCCUCCAGAGUCCUACAUCUACCCCUUCCGGGACAUGGUCAACGUCCCCAGGAGAAACUUCGCCGGCAUGGUUUCCACGGUGGACGAAGCGGUCCGAAACGUGACCUACGCCCUCAGAAAGUACGGAUACUACCGAAACAGCGUCAUCAUCUACUCCACCGACAACGGCGCUCAGCCUUUCACAGGCGGGAACAACUGGCCGCUGCGGGGUCGUAAGGGUACAUAUUGGGAGGGUGGAGUCCGCGGCGUGGGGUUCGUGCACAGCCCUCUGCUCAGGCGCAGGAGACGAGUCUCCAAAGCUCUCAUGCACAUCACAGACUGGUUCCCUACACUGGUGAGCCUGGCCGGAGGAAACAUCAGCCAGAGCCAGGGCCUGGAUGGUUUUGAUGUUUGGCCCGCCAUCAGUGAGGGGAGGGAGUCGCCCCGUAAGGAGAUCCUUCACAACAUCGACCCUCUGCACAAAUCUCCAAUUGAAAAGAAGAACCAGGACGAGGAAAACUGGGUGAAAACUUUAAAAACCAAAGUUUUAAAGAAGGUGAAGAAGAAGAAGAAGGUUGUGAAGAAGCCACCAAAACAAAAGUUAGCCUUCAAAACAAAGACCACCAAGAAACCUCAAACAUUUUCCCAUCAUGCCUCUAAGCCUAAAUCUAAGCCCCUCUUCAAAAAGAAGCUCAAGCCUCGCCUAAAAUCAAAACCCCCACCUAAAGCUAAGAAGACCAAAGCCCACACUUGGGACCGGCCUCUGCCCAAUCACAGACCGCAUCCAAAGAUCGGUGGCACUUCGUCAGGGUCUGGAACAUCCCGUCCUAAAUCUCCGCCUCCGAUCCAAACCCGUUUGAAAACAAAAUUCAGGAGGACCACGUCCCAGAACCAGAACUUGUCACAAUCAAGCCGGCCAAAAUCCAAGACGCUCAAACUACAUUCAAAAUCAAAGUCCAAGCGGACAUUUUUCCCAUACCAGAACAGAUCCCAACCUGGAAUACCACUGACCAAAUCCCAUCCAACCCUCCAGUUCGGGCUGGAGUCACUACAGCCGGUGUGGGACACUUCAGUCCAGGCUGCCAUCAGAGUUGGAGAUUGGAAGCUACUGACAGGUGAUCCAGGCCACGGAGAUUGGGUCCCCCCACAGAUGCUUCCCACCUCUCUACCCGGUCGCUGGUGGAACCUUGAACGCUCGAUACUUUACCAGAAAUCCUCCGUCCACAAAAACAUCUGGCUGUUCAACAUCACAGGCGACCCGUACGAGCGGCACGACCUGGCAGACCAGAGGCCAGAUGUAGUCCAGCAGCUGCUGGCCCGGCUCGCCUACUACAACCAAACAGCCGUACCGGUUUACUUUCCACCCGACGACCCCCGAGCCAACCCGAGCCAGCACAGGGGAGCGUGGGUGCCAUGGGUGGAGGAGGAGGACGACGAAGAGGGAAAAUAUCAGGGAGUUUACAAGAAAAGUAACAACAAGAUGAAGAAGAAGAAGAAGAAGAAGUGCAUGCUGUGCAAUCUGCAGUCGUUCUUUUUGAAGAUGAGCGAGGGGACCGUGUCCAGUCGCAUCUGAGGUCUCAGCUGAAAUUUACAUCAAAGACUUGAAAAUUAAUAAAUCUUAUUUUUUACUUUCAUGUUUUCACAACUUUAACAUAUUCAAGUUCUGUUAUUGUGAAAAACUUCUCUUUCAGAGAUACGUGACCGUUAUUUGUUCGUACAUGCAGCUUAUUCGCCGCCAAACGUGAUCUGAUGUUUCCAGCUGGACCGUCCAGACACGUGAGGCUCUUUUCACCGAGAUUUAAAGGGUCAGUCCACUCAAAUCACAAAAAGACGUUACUUAUGCUGCCUGCAGACAUCUGAAAUCAUACCACUAAGAUCAUGAAAUCUUUGUCGUGAUUUGGGUGAACUGGCCAUUCAUCAGGUGGUUCUAACCCCUGAUCUCUGAGUCGGUGAACGCUGGUUUGUUGUUUUACACAUUUGUCAACCGAAAACUGACAGAGGUCCUCAUACAAGGCCCGACACCGAGUGGCAGUGAGAUUUGUUUUGACACUGUAAAUGUAGCAGAUCAAUUACAAUAAGAGACUUGAGUAAAUAUAUAGAUUUACAGGUUUCAGUGUACGUUUACACCCUUAAUUCACUCCACACAGCCAAAUCAGGGUUUUAAAGGGACACUUCACCCAAAAGUCACUUUCAUACAGUCGGUGUAAAAUUUUGCAUAACUCGCUUGUCUGGGUGUUUGCCAAGGCUUAAAGUUGGCGUGGCUGUUUGGACUGACAGACGUGCCAACAUGUGCAGCUGUCUGCGAGGCCUCACCUCGGCUAAUUGGAGUCGCUGAACUGGACCUCGAGACUAUAUUUGUGCUUUUAGAGCGUUUUUAAAGCAAUUAUCUGAUAAUAAUCUACUAAGUGGUAUCGGCCGUCCAACAAAAGUUUGUGCUUCAGUUUUUAUUUGCCUUUUACUCAAAUCUGCAUCGUUGAGUUGGAGCCACACUGUUUAUUGAUGCAGCGGCUCUUCUUCACACUGCACAGAGCAGAAGAGGAGGGGCAGGAUGUUAGAUAGAAGAACGUUAAUUUCCCCGCCCAAAAAAGUCCCGUACAGACUAGACACUGCCUCUGAAAUGCUCCUGUAUUCAAACCCGUACAAAGAAUAACACAUGAAACUCACCCGGUGUUUGUCUGGAGUAAUGAUACUGUAGCUAGCUGCUUGCUUUGCUUGGUACAUAAGUUCAUGUGAUUUGGGGUGAAUUGUUCCUUUAAACAAAUGUUUACAUAUUACAGUGGAAGUGUGUAAUCAUGACACAAUGUCAGAAAGUUUUAUUGUGUAAUUUUAAUAUACUUUCACGUUUUUUGUGACACAUUCUCGUGACUUUGAUGGUUUUGUCUCACUUGGACUUUGUCUGUGUUGCUGGGGCUGAAACUGGCCUCUGGCUACUGUGGUCAGUUUCAGUGCACUGCCACUGGCAAGCUUUUCACUAUGAAUUUAAAGCAUUUCACAGCACCUUUAAGUUACUACUGUGAAUAUCAGAAACCUCUUACUUCACACACACAGCACCAACGCAUGUCACUGACAAUAUCAGUAAACCAAACUGUCUGAUUUUAAUUUUCUGUAAGGAACAAUUCCACUUCCACUAAUGUGAAACUUCAGAUUUUUAUUCGUCUUUUUUGAAAGCACAGCAGAGGAAGUAAAAAAGUCUUACAGCGGCCUGUUUUGAAGUCGGAUGCUGGUUACUUGAGAGAGAGAAAGACACCUAACCUCGAAAUAUUUCUGUGUAUUUGCUCAAAAACGAACAAACCACGGCUGCGGCUGAUCUGCAACAGUGCGCAUCAGUGUGAGCGAGGAGCAGAGCGUUCCCGAGAAACAUUUUAAAUGCACGUUGGAUUUCUCCACCCUGGGUAAAUAAAGGUGAAGUCAAAUGAA